AUGGGACGUAGUGACACUCGAGUUUAUGUGGGUAAUUUGCCCCCAGAUUGCCGUGAGAAGGACCUCGAAGACAUUUUCGCGAAAUAUGGGAAGGUUCGAUUCGUCGACAUCAAAAGCGGGCGUGGUGGAUCUUUCGCUUUCGUAGAAUUCGAUGAUGCACGCGAUGCCGAAGAUGCAGUCCGUGGUCGCGAUGGCUACGAUUUCGAUGGAUCCCGUAUUCGUGUUGAAUUCACUCGCGGUAAUGGACCACGUCCAGGAGGUGGUGGAGGUCAACGCGGAGGAUUCGGUGGCCGUGGUGGUGGCUUUGGUGGCUACAGCAACCGAGGAGGCGGCUAUGGAGGAGGUUACGGAGGAGGAGGAGGCUAUAGCGGUGGCGGUAAUCGUGGAGGUGGCGCUCCAUCUCGCCGUACGAACUAUCGUGUCAUCGUCGAAGGGCUUCCGGCAACGGGCUCUUGGCAAGAUCUCAAGGAUCAUAUGCGUGAGGCAGGAGAAGUUUGCUAUGCGGAUGUUUCUCGCGACGGUACUGGCACAGUUGAAUUCCUUCGCCUUGAUGACAUGAAAUAUGCACUAAAAAAGCUGGAUGAUACCAAAUUCCGUUCGCACGAGGGCGAGACAGGAUACAUUCGUGUACGUGAAGACACCAGUAGUGGAGGAGGAGGGGGAGGCAGCCGCGGUCGCUCACGAUCGCGCAGCCCUCGCGGCCGAGAUUCGCCAAAGUAUAGCCCACGUGGUUCGCGUUCGCACAGUCGCUCGGCAUCGCGAUCACCAUCACGUUCAAAGUCUCGCAGUUCCUCGCGUGAUUGA